AUGUUGCCCAUUUCUCUGAUAGCCCCCAACUCUCUUGUGAGCGGGCCUCUUGCCGACCCUCCUGUGUCUACUUCCAGAGCUGCCCAGCCGCUGUCCAGGGUUGCUGCGGCAAGCAAACGACUCAAGCAGGGGUCUAGCGAUGAAAACACGGAGCCCGACUCCUCGGUAUGCUACGACUUCCGCAAACAGUACUUCAACUGCCUGCACUUGCCAACCGUUAACACGAUGUCCGAAAAGCAGAUGGACUUUAUGGAGGAGCGCAAAGACACCCUCGUCCUGGCGUCGAAGGCUCUCCAAUCCGGGGCAAGCGGUAGUGCGCCAGCUAAACCACCGGGAGAAGAAUCAACAUAGCGCCGCCGUACGUCCGACAAUAGUUGUCCAUAAGAGUACCGUAAGAGGCGGAGAUAUGGCAUCGAGGUUUCAAAGCUCGAUUUUGCUCCGCAGGCAAGGGGGGUUCGGAAACAGCCCGACAGAAGCCCUUGACGAGAAGUGCCUACAACCACAAUUUUUGGUGUUGGCAAAAAAUCUGAAGUGGUCUAUGGGAGGGUGCCAUCUCUCCGCCUCUUUACAGUACUACUGACCAGCAGGAAAAGGAGGGCGGCGGCGGAGGGGGGGAUUGGUGCUUCUUGUCAGGGGGGGUUUAUGGCCCCCUCAGUGGCUCGCCGGAGCACCAGUAGGGUGCACGGAUCGAGCGGGAUGUUCGUUCAACGGGUCGUCUUGAUUCUCCCACUGCUUUGGGAUGGUUGGCUUGCAAAGACAACCUUGUUUUACUCGCUCAAGUGAAUUUUCAAUCAAAGUAUGGAGGCGUGUCGGCGGCUCCUUUUUGGGCCUGCGGAAGGCUUCUCAUACGGUCAAGAGACGGGCCUGUUUUCAGCUAUAGUUUGAGCACGUCGCACGCGCGCGAAACAUGUUAUUAAUAGGGACUUUUUUUUUUCCUCGUCCUCCGAUGGACGCUUUGAAGACUGUCAUACUGGUGUGUCGAAUGGCUUCCACGUAGCCACUUGUUUAGCUUCUUGCUGGACAACAUCAUCGAUGACGGGAUUAUGCG